AUGCAACAAAUUACCGACUUCUUUUAUCAUGCUAAGGGUGAUCUUUUCUACGGAUUUCUCCUUUUAUUUUCUUCCAUUUUGGCUUUUUUACUCAGACAUUUUGGAUCAUUUGGUACUCGACGAAGACUAGAUGGUUUUAUUGGAUUUGGAAUUACGCUUUUUGUAGCGGGGAGAAUGUUGUUUUGCUCUUUAAUUGUUGUUGUUGUACAUUUGGUUAUGUUCCGAUUUAUUAAAAAUCCCAGACUUCUACCAAAUUUGUCUUUCUACGGAACUUUUGUUUUCUUAGCCAUUCUUCGUUUGAUACAUUUUGUUGGUCCUUAUUUUACUUAUCGCACUUAUUCGGAUGCUUUAACAAAAUGGAAAAGGCCACUUUUAUGGAGUAAACUUUACCCAUUGUUAAUAGGAAAAAUGAAAACUUUGAGUUGGUCAUUGCCCUCAUUAAUUUUCCUAACAUGGCUAGACCCUGUGAAUGUACUUCGUGGGGAACGUACUGCUUCUCUUUUGGGACUUUUUUAUGAUUUUGUUUGGUGUGCACUUGCAUUUGUAUAUCUCAGAAUGCGAAUAUAUAGUGCUUGGAUGGUUGCUGAAUCAAUUUGCUUAUUAACUGGUAUUGGACUUUAUCCAAAGGAAGGAAAAUCAACACCGGGCAAUGGACCGACGGAAAUGCAAAAAAUUAUGUAUGUGUUGAAUUUUUAA